AUGUGUUAUCGUAAAUGUACUUCAACAACAAUUUGUGAAACAUGUCAACAACAAUAUCCAACAAAUACGACAAAUAUGCCUGAUGAACAACGAUUGUUUUAUAAUUUAAUGAGAAGUUAUGAAAAAGCUGUGAGACCAGUAAGAAAAGCAACUGAUGCAGUUGUAGUUAAAUUAGGAAUUACACUCACACAAAUAAUGGAUAUUGAAUGGAAAGAUGUUUUUUUCAAAUGGUCACCAGAUGAUUAUAAUCGAUUAAAAAAAUUUCGAAUACCAUGUAGAUACAUUUGGUUGCCAGAUAUUGUUUUAUAUAAUAGUGCAGAUGAUUAUACACAAGGUUAUAUGCAGAGCUUAGCCAUGAUUGAACAUGAUGGCACUGUAUUCUGGCCUCCUAUUGUCAAAUUUCGUAGUACAUGCAAAAUCGAUAUAACAUGGUUUCCUUUUGAUGAUCAAUUGUGUUUUCUUAAGUUUGGUUCAUGGACAUACGAUUCGACACAAAUUACGUUAGUCAAUCGAUCAGAAGGUGUAGAUAUGACAAAUUAUGUUGAUAAUGAAUCGGGAGAAAAAGUCUCAUUAGGAUUAACAGUUUUAUUGGCGUUUUCCGUAUUUAUGUUGCUUAUAGCUGAAAGUAUGCCUGCCACAUCUGAAUUUAUUCCAUUGAUAGGUGAGAAAAUUAUAAAUGAAAUAUAUUUAUUGUAUACAGAAGGUUUUGUUCCUAUUUUAGGUAUCUAUUUCACAAUUGUUAUGGGCUUGACUUCAUGUUCAGUAUUAUUGGCUGUGAUGAUAUUAAAUAUUCAUUUAUAUGGUUCGUCAUUAACACCCGUACCAAAGCUAUUGAGAAAAUUAUUAUUCAUUAGGAUGGCUCCUGUACUCUGUGUUAAACUUCAUCGUUCUGUUAUAAGUGCAAAAGAGCAAAAAAAUUCCAGAUCAUCAACUCAAAAACGUUCUUCAACCACUGUAUACAAUGCCGUGUUUCUUAGUGAACAAGAUCUAAUCAAUGAUCGUCAUACAUUUAGUUCAACGUAUUUGAAUAGUAAUCAUAUUAAUACGAUGACUGCAACGACCGCAGAGGAUAUUGACUAUAGUGCGUUAAAUGCAACAAAGCAUUACGUACCAGAAUUUAAACAUCCUAAUACUAAUUCAACAUCAACUAUACAUACGCUGCAAGAAUGCAAACGUUUAUUAGGAGAAUUAAACCGUAUCAUAUUGAGUGAUAGACCAGAGAAAGUCGAAGAAGACGAAAUUAUGAGAGAUUGGCAAAACGUGGCACUUGUUAUUGACCGGUUGUUAUUUUACACUUAUAUUGUAUUGACGUUACUUGUUACGUUAAUUACGCUUGUUAUUGCGCCGUUAUUAAAAACAAUACCAUUAUUACCAGAAGAACGACAACUGAAUCUAACAAAGUUCACAUAA